UUACUUUUCCCUUGCCUUUCAGAGCUUCUACCAACGAAGAGUUGAAGUCCGUUGCCUCAAAUUCUCUCUUCGGGGGAGGAUGUUACCCCCAAGCUCCUCCCACGACCCUCAAAAUGACGAGAACAUACUAGCGAAGCCUCUGGUCAACGGGGAAGGCCCGCCAGCGGAGGACUCAGAUGGCACAACAACGCUUUCAAGUCAGCCCGGCGCUCCCGAGAAGCCCAGCGUCGUCGACGUGUCCAGCGUUAUUACGCAGGUCACGUCCGUCACAGCGCACAGGCCGGUGGCGCCCUUCCGCGUAGCCCAGCAACCACAGCCCAAAAGCUGGCGAAGGCGGUUCCGGUCGCUCCUCUGCUGCUUCGCACCGCAGAGCCAGGGGUACUUCCGGCAUGCACAAGACGGAGAGUAUAGCGGCGGUCGCUUUGUUCCGCCACAGCCCCCCAAGGUGCACCGGGAGCAGCUCAUAGGGCCGAAACGGUCCGACGACCACAGCAAGAAGACCCUGGUGCUGGACCUCGACGAGACGCUGGUGCACUCCUCCUUCAAGCCUAUCCCCAACCCGGACUAUAUCCUGCCGGUGGAGGUGGACGGCAAGCUAGUGGACGUGUACGUACUAAAGCGGCCGUGGUGCGACCACUUCAUGGAGAGCGUCGGCGCGCGCUUCGAGGUGGUGGUGUUCACGGCCAGCCUCGCUAAGUACGCGGACCCGCUUUUAGACCUCCUCGACAAGCAGCAGCUCGUGCGGUGGCGGCUAUUCCGGGAAUCGUGUUUCCCCUACGAGGGCAACUACGUCAAGGACCUGAGCUGCCUGGGGCGAGACCUGUCGCAAACAAUCAUCGUGGACAACUCGCCGCACUCGUACGUGUUCCAGCCCGCCAACGCGGUGCCCAUCAGCACAUUCAUCGACAACAUGGACGACCAGGAGCUGCUGGAGCUGCUGCCGGUGCUCAACGAGCUGGAGCACGCGCCCGACGUGCGGACCGUGCUCGGGGCAAACCUCGGGCUGCGGGAGCUCGGGGGCUAAAAUGGUGGAUGCGGCAGCAGCAGCGGCGGCUGCUGCCGCUGGACUGCUGCUGGUGCCGGCGCCUCCGGCCUGGUGGCGCAUCAGCUGCCAAUUAGCAGGGAGCUGUCUUCUGCUUGCUUCGGGGGCGUCAGGCCAGGCCAUCCCCGCAUGCGCGCAGGCAGCGGAAUGCUGCAGACCGUUGGGCACCUGGCCGACAUGUCCUGGUCAGGGGUCACUGCUGAUGCAUGGGGAUGGCCGCGAGUGGGUGGCUCUAAUAGCAGCAACGGCAUAUGCCAGCUCGGUGGGGCUGGGUUGUGGGCCUAGUGGGCCGUAGCCAGCGUGGACGCAACGUGGCUGCUAGCCGCGAUUGCGACUGGCCGCCGCCUAGGCACUAUGCGUAUAGCAGUUGCAGCACCGCGCAGAGCCCGCACUACCACAGCAAUGGCACCCAGCGGCUCCAGUGGCUACGGGAAUUUCCAGCGCUCGGCGACAGCAACAUACUCCCGGCAUCAGCCCGUGCAGCAGUUGCUGCAUCUUCGUACGGGCUCCGCCAGCUGGCGCAUUCUUUCUUUCUUUGUAUGACAGGACGGUGGGUGUGUUGAACUACUUACUUUGACGUGCGUUUGACUACCUGACUGACCUAAGUCUGACCGGAGGAGGAGGCAGCAUGCUGAUUGGCAGGUGUUAUGUGCGUGGGGUUGCGCGCUCGCAACUACCCAGCUUCCACGCAUGCAACAUGCAAGCCGGGUGCUCGCGCUUUGGUGGCAUUUCCUUAGUAACCCCGCCUGCACUUUACAAUUGCAUACAGCCACUGAGUGUAUCAUGUUUUGUGUGCAUGGCCACGCGGCCAGGCGGCAGCGAAGAGCGCAAUACCGUGUUUGAAACGAAUGAAGCAGGAGCAAGCGUAUGGUGUGAGAUACGAGUCAAUGUGGUUACAGGAAAUGCGGCAUGCCGUAGGGCAGAUGGCGAAGUAGUCGCUACUAGCCCCUGAACCCGUGCACGAGUUGUCUUAGGCAUUGUGUACUGCACACGACGAGCCGCACAAAGGUGGUUGCAGCCUGACAAGCGUCGGACAGACUUGCGGACCGUGCCGGAAUGUGCCGUUUUGAGCAUUUGCCAGACGCUACGCACAGUCGCUGCAGUUUACCGCAAGGCCAAAGCGCAGCGAGGCAGGCAGAUCGUGCGGGGGGUUGUGUGAGACUGGGCCAUGCAAUGAGCGUGUGCCAGCUCUACGAAUGUAUGAUACAGAACUAGCAUGACCGCAGUGAAGACUUGCGGGGGCCAGAUAGCUGGGACGGCGGGUGCUGCAUCGCGGGCCGGGAGGCAAGGCCAUGCUAAUGCGCGACUUCGCGUGACGCGUUGUCGGGACGGCUGGCGAUCAAGGAUGCUGACCGGCACUACUUGAGCAACGCGGUGCAUGUACGACGAAGGCAUUUGUUCGACGCGCAGCGUAAUAAGGGAACACAUGUUGAGGAUGUCGAUGUCGGUUGUUUGCAUCACGGCGUGUGUGCAUGGUUGGAUUUUGGGAUGUACGGGGUUGGGCGUGACCUGACAAGACACAUACUACUGCGGGCAUGAUCAGGAUAAGGCGCUUCCUCGUACGGCGGGUAGUCACGGCCUGCGUCACACCGAUGGAAGUGCCUGUACUGAAGAAGAGACGGCACAGUGCCACAGCUGCAGCAGGGGCGACUUGCCUCGGUGCUAGACUCGAAGUCUGAACUGCAAGGACAGAUGACUGCAAAGGCGCAAUAUGCAUAGAGUGUGACGGUUCAUAGAGAGGUUGGUGUGUGACCUAGACCCGCCUGGACAACAGCCCAUGCGGGUUGGGCACGCAAGCAAGAUUCAAGGCGGGGCCUCGUGCUUUCUUCUUGUGGUGGCAGUGGUGGCGGGCAAGACUGCGCGUGCCUGUUGGGUUUUUGGGUUAACACCGAAGCUUACUGAGACGAUGUGCUACUGUGCAUGCCAGGGAAUCGGGGAUUCCACGAGGUGCAUGAUGGGGUCUGGAAGCCUGCCCACUGGGCCGACCGACUGGGCGCCAAUGUAAAGCCCGGUCAAC